UGGCCCCGCCCCUGUAUCCUUUCCGCCUGUCUUUGAUGUGGUCACGUGACGUAAGGACGCACGCCACGCACGCUCGUCUUCUUCAUCCUUCAGUAAAAAUGGCGGCCGCUCGGAUCUCGCAUCUCCGCCGCAUCCCUCGAGCUUUUGUCCUUUUUCUCUCUUUAUUUUACGUUUUAUCCCCCUGUCACGGCGAGGAACAGGUCCCGCUCAUCCUCUGGACCAGCGAAGGAGCCUCCAUGCCCAGCCAGACUGCCCCCUCUGCUGGACACAUAGUGGAACAGCAGCAGUUGUCUUCGUACCUGGAAAAAGCUCUGAACCUGGGACCUAAAAAUGUGGUGCUUUUUCUGCAGGACAAGAUGAGCAUUGAAGACUUCACCAUGUACGGAGGGGCGUUUGGAAACAAACAGGACAGUGUGUUUCCAAAUCUAGAGAGUGCUCUUCGGUCCUCCUCUUCUCCGCUGGUGCUGCCCGCUGUCUCGUGGCCGGCCUCAAAUGCAGUGAUCGCUCAAAUUCAAGAUCAUCUAGAAACCUCUCCUCUCUAUAUGGACCCAGAAACCCUGAGCCAACUGAGACUCAACGCCUCCUCUCCUGCUCUGCUCGUCUUCAGGCUACCCUACGGCAACGGAGCCGAUCUGAUGUCUGCAAAAGAGAUCCUCAGUGAAAAUGAUGAGGUAAUCGGCCAAGUGAUGAGCAUCAUGAAGACUCAGGCUGUUCCAUACACAGCCAUCUACACGGCACUGAGACCCUCAAAGGGGGCGUCGGCGGUCUCAUGGGAGGCAGGUGUGGGCGGAGGGCGUUCCCUGCUUCAGGCCAGAGACAGGUACAGAGAGAGAGAGAGGGAGAGGGAGAGGCAGCGCAAAGUGAAGGAGCGAGCCGGCGUCUACGCCCCCGUCGAGUUUAAGGAGGGUGAGAGCACGUGCCUGCUGCUCUGGGCCAAGGCUCUGUCGGUCAGUAUCCUGCGCAGUGGACGAUGGGAGGAGUAUGACCUGACCCCCUCCACGUUUGGAGAAGGAGUCACCCCCAAAGUGCACGGAUCCAGCUGUGACAAGACCAGAGCCAGGUUGAUCCUCAACUAUGAAAAUGUCCUGGGCCAUCGCAGCUUCAAGUUAAUUUUUGCUAUGAGCCAGCGUCACUACAAAGUGUCUGCUCGCCGCUGGUUCACUCUGGACUCGGUGGAGCUGGAGUACGACGGGACCAAAGCCAUUUUUAACGGCUCCAGAAACAUCUACGCUCCGGCAGAAUACUCCUACCGCUGUGAAUCUGUCACCAACUACCGCUGGCCCCUCCUCGUGCCCCGCACCAACAAGGACCCCGCCAACCAGUGGAGGGUCAACUUCCAGGACUUCCAGAUCCAGGGUUUUAACGUGUCACGGGGGCAGUUCUCUUACGCCAGUGACUGCGCCGGCUUCUUCUCUCCUGGGAUCUGGAUGGGUCUGAUGACCAGUCUCCUCAUGGUCCUGGUGCUCACCUACGGCCUGCACAUGAUCAUGCAGCUGAGGACCAUGGACCGCUUCGACGACCCCAAGGGCCCGGCUAUAUCUGUGCCCCAGACCGAGUGAAGCGCCCGUCAUAUACAACCCUAACCCCAAAGGCCCCGAAGAACGACUGAAACCCCCAGGAGUGAAAGGCCCUGCUGUCUGUACCCCAAAACGAGUGAGACGCCCCCAACCCAGAACGAAUGAAACACCCAGGAGUGAACCAUAGAAUGUGUGUCCUCGAAUGAAUGAAACGCCUGACACGUCUAACCCUCACCCCAAAGGACCUGUUACAUCUGUGGCCCCAGACCGAGUAAAGCGUCCGGGACUGAGCCACCAGCCCAGGAUCCUGUGUGCCCCAGAACCAAUGAAAUGUCAAGAAUAAGUGAAACGCCCGGCAUGUUUAGCCCAACCCAGAAUGAGUGUAACGCCCGGGAACGAACCACCUGCCAUCUGUGUGCCCCAGAACGAUUGAAACGCCCGUCGUCUGUGUGCCUGUGACUGAAUGGACCCUGUCUGCUCCAGAUUUUGCUAAAGUGACUUCACACACUUUAAUUCUCUCAAUGUGGUGUAACGAGAUAUUAUAAUAAUAUGAAUAAAUAAUAAAUACAUACAUUUAAAUUAUUCUAUUAAUUACAAUUCCUAAAAUGAUACACCAACAUCAGAAAAAAACAUUGAAAGUUAAACCUACAAUGUUGACAUGUUAAUACUUAAUAUAAAAAUAAAGAGCUUUUACAAACUAUUAUUAAAAAACAUGAAGUUAAAUGUUAAAAUACAAUGAUUCCAAAAACCUAAAUUGGGAGCAUCUUCUCAUUAGUUACUGUUAUUUUUACAUUCUGACACAAAGGGGAUCCAGUAUAAAUAAUGUGUGUUACAGAUUAUUUAUGAAUGAAAUGCUAUUUAUUGUUGAACUUAAAUGUGUGUUUCCAGUUGUAUUCGUGUGUGUGAAUAGUACAUGAUGUGUAUUGACGGAUGACAGUUCAGACUUAUCCUCGUGUAAAAUUUCAAAUGAUUGAACAACACUACAAAAAGAAACAUUUAGACUUGAUUUGAGAAGUUUCAUGUGUCUCUGUAUCACUUUGCCUCAUAUAUUCAUUAUCUUUCUAUAUAUUCUGUAUUCUUACUGUGAAUGGGCCGCCUCUCCACAGAUUUGACUUGUAACUCCUGCUCAUCUCCGUACAGAUGGGGACUGUGGGAAAAUCCUAGAAAAGCAAAAACAUCUGCAUGGAGACAAACAAAUGGUGACAGAAAACAGAAACAGAAAACAGAAAAGUGACACAUUGCACCUUUAACAUCAUUCCCCUCACUAGUUUUAAUGGAGUUAUUUAUUUUGUGAAACUUUCUAAUGAUAAGUAAAUAAAUGGGAUCUUGUUAAACUUCCCAAAUCAAGUAGAAUCACUGAAGUUCCAGUUAUCUGAAAUGAUUUGAGAAUAGUUGUUUUGCAGAAUAUUUGUUCAUCACUACACUGCAAAGAAAACUUCAGAUUGUAAAUUGAAUUCUGAUUAAUCUUGUCUUACAUAAACACAAAGGAACAGUGUGAAAUGAUGGACUUUUCUGUUUGAAGUGAGUAACUGACGACUUGUGAAGAGUGUUUUGUUUCUGUGAACCAAAUAAAAGUGUGGUCACCAUAAA